AUGAAGAUGACAUUUGUGUUUUGGCGAUCUGUGUCUCUGUGGCUAAGUGUGGCUCUUCUGCUUUGGUGUCUUGAGUCCCAUGUUAGUUGUACAAAGCCCCAGGAAGAGGCCAAGAGGCCCAAGUCCCCACAGAACGUGUGUUCGGAGAAAGGUUGUGACCAAAAGACUCCUAAUGAGAAGAUUGAAGCGACAAAAUCAAUUUCAGACGAUGAACACCUUAAAGAUGAGCAGGAAAAGGAGACUAAAGAUACACACAUAAGCAAACAGGAGCAGCACAUACAGAUCCUGGAAGUGCCUGCCAUGGAAAAUGAUGUGUUAGAAGCACAAGAAAAUGAGCUUGAACAACAGCCUGCAAGUGAACAGGACACACACGCUACACUUCCAUCUUCUGAGCCACCGUCCAGUUUGGCUCCUGAGUUUAAAGAUGGUUCUUUGCUGCACACUCAAGAGGAAAUCUUAGAAAGUGUUAUGGGUCAUCCCGCUGAUUUGGCUGAGGCAAAAACUUCUGACCAUCCUCUGGUUGAUUGUGAGGAGGAGCCUAACCCCUUUGACGAUGACAGUAGUCCUCCGGUGGUUCUGGAGAACACCUCAAACGCUCACACCACGGGCACCAAGUCCCUCCCUGACCCUCCUCUGAGCUCUUCAGCUGCUCCCAGCACACAGCACCCAGAGGCCAAUGUCUCCCACAUGCUUCAAGACCAGGACUCGAUUGGCACAACUGAGCCAGAUCCCAGUGUGGGCAACAGAGACCCAGAGGACAUUCCAACAUUUGAUGAGUGGAAAAGAAAAGUGAUGGAGGUCGAAAAGGAAAAAACUGUGACCACUCAUACAUCUACAAAUGGAGCUGCUCAUCCAUUGAAGAAAGCCCAAAAAAACUUCAACAACUAUGCUUCUGUGGAGUGUGGAGCCAAAAUCUUGGGGGCUAACCCUGAGGCUAAGAGCACUUCAUCCAUUUUAAAGGAGAACAUGGAUUUGUACAUGCUGAAUCCUUGUAGUAAUAAAAUUUGGUUUGUUAUCGAGCUCUGUGAGCCCGUUCAGGUGAAGCAACUGGAUAUUGCCAAUUUUGAGCUCUUUUCUUCUACGCCCAAGGACUUCUUUGUCUCAAUCAGUGACAGAUACCCAACAAACAAGUGGCUAAAACUGGGAACUUUCCAUGGCCGAGAUGAGCGAACUGUCCAGAGUUUCCCAUUGGAUGAACAUAUUUACGCAAAAUAUGUCAAGAUGUUCACCAAGUACAUAAAGGUGGAGCUGGUCUCUCACUUUGGGUCUGAACACUUCUGUCCUCUCAGUCUCAUUCGGGUGUUUGGCACCAGCAUGGUGGAAGAAUAUGAGGAGAUCGCUGAUCCCUCUGAACGAACAGAGGACCAGGACGAGGACAUGGAUUACCCUGCAGGUUAUGCACUUGGUGAAGGUGACUCCAAAAAUUUGAUUGGCUCAGCAAAAGAUGCCAUUUUUAACAUUGUGAAAGACAUUGCUGUGGUUUUAGGAAGAAGCGAUGAGAUGCCAGGCAACGAAACAUCUCAGGAAUUUAAUCUUACUGAGCCACAAUUGCAACCUGAAACAACUACUGAAGCAAAACUUGAUUUCCCACAAGAACCAGAAGUGGAGAACCCUUCCAAAACUGCCACUUCGGAUCAAAAACCUGAGGAGGCUGCAACUAAUUUGGACCAAGAUGCAUCUGCAGCGACAAGAGAACAAAUUGUCAUUCCUUUAGAGAAAGAUGAGGAAGAGCCAAGCAUAAGCACCACCAUCUUUUACCUGGGCGAGGAGGAGGGAGAUGAGGAGAAACUCGGCGACCUGCUACAGCCGAGUCAGGAUCCGUGCGCUCUGUCGCCUUUGUCCCCUGCCUGCUCCUGUGCUGCUUCCCUGGAUGAGUACUUGCUGCAGAAAUGCUUACUGCACGGGCCCAAAACCUGCACAAACUGCAAAACAACAGAACAUAUGCAAACAAAUGUACCUAACUGGGUCAUAUACCAGCCGCCGCCUUCUCAGGAACUGCCACAGCCACAAAAGGAUUGGCUUGAUAUUUCGGAGGUAGUUGAGCAUGACGGCAAAGCCAGCGUCAUUGACAAUGUGCAGGAUUCUAAUAAACUAUCACAAUCAGAAGUUUUCCCUGUGGAGCUAAUUCCAAACUCGGAUCAUCUGCCAACCGUUGAGUCUUCUGAUAUUCAACCGACGGAGAUGCCAGAGUUGGCCCCUGAAGAACCGAUCAAAAUGACAAAUUCUGAAACUAAUAAGAAUAUUGCUGAGGUGAAGCAGAUCGAAUCAAACGACCACCUCCAAUCUGUCCCUAUAGUCAACGCAGCAAUGGAUGAGGCAACACUGACGAAAGAGAAGGCCAAUCCAGUACCUUCACAAGAGCAUGGAAACCAGGAUACAGUUGAUCCUGGCCUGGACGCUCACCUCAUAGCACCUCAUUCAGAGCCAGAUGCAGCCGUGUUACUGGAUGAACACAAACUGGCGGAGAUAGAGACCCUCCCUGACCAGCUGCCGUCUGAAGCACUGGGUAGUGAUUCCAGAAUGGAGGACUUGACGGAGGAAAUUGUCGCAGGUAUCUCUCGCCCCUCCGCUGCUGCUGCUGCUUCGGCUGCUGCUGCUGCCUCGUCCUUCUCGGAUAUUUACGCCGAUCCGCCGAAUGGUACGGAGCUGAACGGCAGCCCGGUGCACGGCUCCAGUCAGAAAGAGUCUGUGUUUAUGAGACUGAACAAUCGAAUCAAAGCCCUGGAGAUGAACAUGUCACUGAGCGGGCGCUACCUCGAGCAGCUCAGUCAGAGAUACCGGAAACAAAUGGAGGAGAUGCAAAAGGCCUUCAACAAAACUAUAAUCAAACUCCAGAAUACCUCGAGGGCAGCGGAGGAGCAGGAUCUUCGACAGACUGAAUCCAUUCAGCAACUGCAGGCUCAGCUGGAAAAUAUGACUCUGUUGAUUCUCAAUCUGUCGGUCCAGGUCAGCCAACUGCAGAGUGAGGUGUCUGAUCGAGAGAGUUACCUGCUGCUCUCCCUGUGUCUGUGUCUCUGUUUGGGGCUUCUGCUCUACAUCAACCGCUGCCCUACAUCCUCCACUUCCUGUUCAGAGCCGGAUCCACCAACCCCAGAGAGUGUCACCUACUGUUGUCCAGAGCGGCAGUUUUCCAGCGAUGAGGCAGCACUCAAGAGAAGCGCUUCGUACCCACUGAUGCACUCUGACUCAUUCCAGUUAGCCUCCCCUAUGGGUCCAGAGAUUCUGCAACACGAAGAGACGCAAAGUCUGUGUCCAGUCAGUAAAAAGAGACGACGCAGAAAGAGAUUACUUGAAGCCCCUUUUCGAGACUCUCCAUCUGAGGGCAGCUCCGAGGGCUCGUCUCACUCCGAUGAACUGUCAUUUUGCGGCCUCACCACAGCCUGUAAUAAGAUCUGUGAUGGACUUCCUCCUAAAACCAGUGCGGAGAGGCGGGCCCUAAGGCGCAGGCGUCCCAGACCCAGUGCAGUGGUGGACUAUCUCAAAGCCCCCCGCAGACACAAGAGGAACUCUCUGCCUAUUUACACCAUCCAUGACAUUAUGGAUCGGCAGGAGCACAACUCCUGUGACCUCAAUAUGCACCUGUCAGGACCUGUCUGA